CAUUGGUGAACGAUCUCUACUUUACUGUACUUGUGUAUGUUUUAACCGUCUAUACAGUAGUGAUAAUUACUAUAACAGGUCAGGGUGUUUUUUUUGUUAGCCUAUAUAUGGCAUGUUUUGUGCGCAGAGAUCUUCGUUAAGCUCGCUAUCUGCAGCCUGUUAUUAACGUUACGUUACCUUAUAGCUACAGACAGAAGUUUGGUUGUAGCGUUCGGGAUAACUUGGUGAAGCCAGUCGGUGUGGAUACAUUGUUUUAAUUAACUAGACACACAGAUGGCAACCAGGUAACAUUAGCUAACUGUGAGAUGGAGGAAUAACAGCAUGACGAGGGAAUAGAUGCGGAAACGAAGUCCACAUCCAUCUGCAGGAAUCACAAAGAUAUGAGGAAUAACGUUAUCUGAAAUAAAGCCCUGUUUUUAAACCUCUCAGACGAGUAACCUUAUCUAAAAUGAAUACCAGAUGAAAUUACUGUAAUUUUCAAUAACCGAAAGCGAUCUCUCCUCCUGCACCGUCUCCCCCUGGCCGACAGAUGUCGCUGUUGUAACGUCACAGCCACUCCGUUUAUGAGCCAAUCAGAUCAUGACUAAGGACCCGUCGUCAUGCAGCAGCAGCCAAUGAAAGGGCAGGAGAGCGGGUCCAGGGACAGGGCUGAGGUUGGGGUGGUAAAGCGGAAGGCUGAGAGAGAUGACCCUGCCUUCCCAUCUCCUCCCCCGUCUCCUCCCAGCCCUCUUCCUAUUUUCCUGUUUCCAUCUGAACUGGUGUUCUACUCUGAUCAGAGGAGUUCCCACAGGAGAGUCCUGACUCUCUACAACCCUUACACCUUCACCAUCAGAUUCAAGAUGUUGUGUACAGCCCCAUCUCUGUAUUCAGUGGUGGAGGCAGAGGGCAGUGUCAGAGCCAAGUCCUGUGUUGACCUAGUGGUGCGUCACCAAGAUGUGUCCACCCGCCACUGGGGAAGGAGAGAUCGGUUCCGCCUGGAGGUGUCGGGGGGAGGGCAGGGGGCGAAUCGGGAGGUGUGGGCUGAGCUCAGGGGAGGAGAGGCCACUGCCCAGAAUCGACCCACUAGCCCCCCGAGACUCCCCCCUCCCUCUCUCGCUCCUCUACCUUACUUCACAUUGCCCCAGAGAGUUCGGAGACUGUCCCAGUUUGCAGUGUCGGUGGUGAUGGGUGUGGUGUGUGUUGCUUUCUUAAUGCUCCCCCUCCACUCUGAGCCCAACAACUUGGUUCCUAGCUAUGCCCAUGUGACUGUCACACAGAAAUUGGUGUGCGCCUACACACUGGGUCUGCUCACCAUGGUGUUUCUACGGUAACCAGAAGAGGAGAUGAUGUUUCCAUGGAGAUUCAGACCAAGAUCCCCCCCCCCGUUCAUUCCCCAGAUCAAUCUGAUGUGUUCUAGGGGCCAACAGUGCUGAUAUGUCCAACAGGGCUGAUAUGUUCUAGGGACCAACAGAGCUGAUAUGUUCUAGGCGCCAACAGGGCUGAUAUGUUAUUGGGACCAUCAGAGCUGAUAUGUUCUAGGGGCCAACAGUGCUGAUAUGUCCAACAGGGCUGAUAUGUUCUAGGGACCAACAGAGCUGAUAUGUUCUAGGGGCCAACAGGGCUGAUAUGUUCUAGGGGCCAACAGUGCUGAUAUGUCCAACAGGGCUGAUAUGUUCUAGGGACCAACAGAGCUGAUAUGUUCUAGGGGCCAACAGGGCUGAUAUGUUCUAGGGGCCAACAGGGCUGAUAUGUUCUAGGGGCCAACAGGGCUGAUAUGUUCUAGGGACCAACAGGGCUGAUAUGUUCUAGGGGCCAACAGGGCUGAUAUGUUCUAGGGACCAACAGGGCUGAUAUGUUCUAGGGACCAACAGGGCUGAUAUGUUCUAGGGACCAACAGGGCUGAUAUGUUCUAGAGACCAACAGGGCUGAUAUGUUCUAGGGACCAACAGGGCUGAUAUGUUCUAGGGACCAACAGGGCUGAUAUGUUCUAGGGACCA